AUGGCAGCAGCAGCGGCGGCGGCGGAGGAAAUCGAUUACGAGAGCGAUCCAGAGGAGGCGAAGCUAUUGAUGAAGAUGCGGAGGCGAGCGGAGGCGAGCGACGACGAGGCGGAGAAUGGAGGCGAAAUUGGGGGAAAACCGCCGCGUGGGGUUGAGACCGAUGAUUCAGAUGGUGCAUCUGCGGGCGCCGCGGCGGAAUACGAGGAAGACUAUGAUUUGGAUGAGUAUGUGGAGGAGUUAGGGGAUGCCAAUGAUGACGAGGAAAGUGGCAGUGUGAAAGGGUUUGCAGCAGCGGUGGGAAUAGGUGAUGCAGGGGAAGAUGGAGGCCUCACGGAGGAGGAGGAGGAGGAGGAGACGAGGGUGAAGAAUGACACUGGUGCUAUGAACGAGAAUAAUUUGAAUACUGAGGAUGGGGAACCUGAAGGCGAAAAGAAGGAGACGGAGCCUUAUUCCGUGCCUACAGAUGGGGCAUUCUAUAUGCAUGAUGAUAGGUUUCGGGACAGUGCUGGUGGGCGAAACAGGCGGAUGCUUGGAGGAAGAAAGUUAUGGGAGUCAAAAGAUGAUAGGAAGUGGGGACAUGAUAAGUUUGAGGAGCUAACUUCGCUGGGAAGGGCACGUGUAGAGCAUAGUAGUGGUCCGCGGGGACGUAAUCGAGGUCGUGGUCGAAAUAGAUUUGCUCAAGAAAAUAGACCUAGAGAACUCACUAGUAAUGGCACCCAGCAUAACAACAAUCAGGACAGUGAACCUAAGAGCUUUAGGGGGAGAGGACCUCGAAGGUAUCAACCAUCCUCUAAGAACAAGGAGCCUCUCACCCAUACCAAACAACAGUCGUGGAAAUCAAAAGAGAAUACUUCAUAUGUUGGUUCUGGAAAAACCAGUGAAUCUACAUCUAGUUUUGGGCCUGAUACGGUGUUGCCCAGGAAAAAAAUUCUUGCAUCCAGUUUGAACAUUGCUUCUCCCCCAUUUUAUCCAUCUGGUUCAUCCACAAAACAAAAUAGUGGCCCCAGAAACGGGGAUUUUCAAGCUGGUACAAUUAACCGGCGUAGUCAGCCAUCAGCGGUCAGAGUGGAUGAGCGUUAUAUUGACAAUUCACUUUCUGCUACUGCUGGGAAGUCUGCAAACACUGUGCCAGUGCCUUCAUCUAUUCCAUCUAUGAACUCUGGUCGAGGAAUAAGAGUGGCUCCACAGGAUCAAGUCAACGGGGUAAAUUCAGUGAUUCAGCUGCAGGCAGUUCAGGGGAAACAUGGUCAAAGUCGUGCUCAACCUACUGCUCGGUUUACACCCCGUGGAUCAAGAGCUUCUUCCCCACCAGAAACCAGUGAGGCUGGGAAUGCAGUUGAACCGCUAGUAGCUGAAUCAAAUAGAUCCAAGACUGCAUUGGUCCCUAAAGGACAAGUUAUCACUCAUGGCAGUGGAAGGGGGUCCUUCUUGUAUGGCGCAGCACAUGUUAAGGGGGCCUCUGGAAAUAUAGGCAGUGGUCAUGGAGAUCCAAAUUUCCCGGCUUUCUUGCCAGUGAUGCAGUUUGGUGGUCAGCAUCCUGGAGGAAUAGGAGUUCCUGCAGUGGGCAUGGCCUUCCCUGGAUAUGUUGGUCAACCACAGCUUGGUCGAGGGAGCUCAGAAAUGACCUGGCUACCAAUUUUAACUGGUCCUGCUGGAGCACUGGGGGCGAGAUAUGGUCCGACCUUUGCUGUUGGUGGUUCGUAUGAAGCUCGCCCAUCUGGACAGAUAUCUUCCGUAAAUUCUGCUUCAAGUAAAGAACUCAAUACAACAAAUGUUGGGGGUGUGAUGGAGUCAGCACAGAAACCAGAGCUUGGACAUACUGAUUUUGCCCAGAGGCAAAAGAAUCCUCGCAGAUAUACAGAGAUGAAAUUUGACCAGUGA